UUUUCUUUUGUAUUGCAUUUUGAUGAGAUAUAUUGCAAUGCAAUGUUUACAUUCUAAAUUCUCGGUGAUUUAUUGAAUGAUAUUAAUCAAAAUGCAUUAACUUUUAUUGCAAAACCUAGUGUGGUUCGUAAGGUUUACGUUAGUUGGAAAAUACUGACCGAUUUCUUGCACCAUGACAGAAAAAUCGUAUGCCAGAAGUAUUAACCUCCCCAAUGAACAGAUUUUUCGAAAUUUGAAUAAUGCACGAUGUUUGGCUUUAGAUAUUGGUGGCUCACUAGCCAAACUGGCAUACUGUUCAAGAAUACACAGACGAAUGUCACAGGUACUUGACAGAAAUGAGUCCACUGAGAGCAGCCCAAGUCAACACAUAUAUGAAGUGUGUGAGGAGGAUGAGUACAUAGAUCGCCUCCAUUUUGUCAAGUUUGAGACAAAGUUCAUAGAGUCUUGUUUAGAUUUCAUACAACAGAAGUUGGGAGAUUCCCUCAGUCAGAACAAAACUAUCCAUGUCACUGGGGGUGGAGCACACAAAUACAAGGACCUUCUAGCUUCAAAACUCGGAGUUGUGGUUGAAAAAGAGGAUGAAAUGUCCUGUCUGAUAGAGGGAUGUAAUUUUUUACUGAAGAACAUUCCAGACGAGGCAUUUCUGUACCAGAGACAUACAGAACCAACCUACAAGUUUCAGGGGGUCAGCAGAGACAUAUUUCCUUUUCUCCUGGUCAACAUUGGAUCUGGUGUCAGUUUAAUCAAGGUUGAGUCAGAAGACACUUAUCAGAGAAUUGGAGGAACUUCAACUGGGGGCGGCACAUUCUGGGGCCUGGGAUCACUUCUUACCAAAGCCAAGACAUUUGAUGACCUUUUGGAGUUAGCAGAGCAGGGGGACCACAGAGAGGUGGAUAUGCUAGUAAAGGACAUUUAUGGGGGUGCCUACUCCUCUAUUGGGCUCUCUGGGGACAUCAUAGCCAGCAGUUUUGGGAAGGCAGCCAGAUCUCCUAAAAAAUCAGAAGAUCAAGAAACUGGAUUUAAGGAGGCAGACAUUGCACGGAGUCUUCUGUUGUCUAUCAGCAAUGACAUUGGACAGAUUGCCUAUCUCCACGCUAAACUACACAGUCUCAACAAAAUCUACUUUGGGGGUUACUUCAUCAGGGGUCAUCCUCUUACUAUGCAUACCAUCACGUACGCCAUCAAUUUCUGGUCAAAAGGUGAGAUAAAUGCCUUAUUUCUCCGUCACGAGGGUUAUCUUGGUGCCAUAGGAGCAUUUAUUAGAGGUGCUAAAGAGGAAGAUACUAGAGGCUUGACUUGGGGUGAGAAUUUGGCAGGAAGCUCAGGUCUUGGUAGCUAUCACAAAAGUCAUCCCUGGCGAGAGAAGAAAAACCACAGCUCAACUUUUGAGAUGUUAGAACUGAACCAGUUAGACCGCGCCUUACUACCCUGUCCUCUGUUACUGGACCAGCAGAGUUAUCUCCCCGACACAGUAGAACUGACAGAAGAUAUCGCUGCUAGAGAGUAUUGGCUUGAAUGCUUUACGAAAGGUGUUCAUAAGACACAGGAGCAGGCCAUUAAAAGUCAACAGAAUCAUCCUGAUGCCAUGGAAAGAGCUGAAAAGUUCACAGCAAAAUAUAUAGAGAGGCUGACAGAGCUGAAAGAAAAUCCCUGUGCCUAUGGCUCCCUAACAGUAAGAAGCCUAUUAGACACCAGCAGUCACUACCUCCAAGAAUUCAUGUUCAAUGAUCCCUAUCUGCAGCUUAAACAAACUGAAAAUGAGCAUUCAUUGAAAUACCUUGCUGAGUACUUUCAAGAACUUGAGAGAAUGGACUUUGAGGACCGACAGUUAGCCUUGGCUAAAGGAGUAAUAGCAGGCAAUGUGUUUGAUUGGGGUGCAAGGGAGGUUACUCAGAUAAUGGAAACUCAAAGUUUUGGAUUCAAAGAAGCCACAGAGAAGCUACAAGAACGUCCCUGGUUGUUUGAUGAUUUUGAUGCUUGGUUGAGCCGAAUUAAAGGGAAACCCCACAAAUGUGCUGCCAUAUUCGUUGAUAAUAGUGGAGCAGACAUCAUUCUAGGAAUAUUUCCUUUUAUAAGAGACAUGCUUUCUAGAGGAACUAAGGUGAUUCUUUGUGCCAAUAGCCGUCCAGCUCUUAAUGAUGUCAUUUAUAAUGAACUUGUAAUACUUGUGAAGCGAGUAGCAGAAAUAGACCCCCAAAUAAAUGAAGCUUACUCAGAGAAUCGACUGAUGGUGAUGGAAACAGGCCAGGGCUCACCAUGUUUAGACUUGCGAUUAAUCGAUUGCCAACUAGUAGACCUGAUGAACAAGGAGGAGACAGACUUAAUCGUCAUUGAAGGAAUGGGGCGGGCUAUCCACACAAACUUUGAUGCCUGCUUCUCAUGCGAAGCCUUAAAAAUUGCUGUGAUAAAAAAUAGGUGGCUAGCAAACCGCUUAGGGGGUGACAUGUUUAGCGUUAUGUUCAAGUAUGAGGCACCUAGGAAAAUUUAUGCAAACACAACAUGAUGACAUUAAAGUUAUAAGAUAUCCUUUUCAGCUUAGUUAUUUCACAAAAACUUUGUUGUGAUUUUAAUUAGCAUACAUGUUCCUUAGCAGAAGGACUUUUAAAGUUCUGAAUACUGUAGCUUAACCAUUUUUUAAACUUCCUUUGAAUAUUUGAGCCAUGUAUUAACACAACAUAUAAUGACGAAACCAGGAGAUCACAAUUAAUCUGUCUGAUUUAUAACAUACAUAUACAUAACAUAAUAAAUGAAGAAUUUUCAGAAAAUGCAUGUAGUCAGACACAGAGGAGGGGGUUGGUAUUGUACAAAUAUAAUUGAACUAUUUAAAUAUGCACUAGGCCAAGUAGAUCAAAUCAAAGCUAUUCUCAGAAGAUACUACUAGAAGUACAUAUAGACAAAAGUAUGCUGUAUUGGUUUGGAACCAAUAAUACACAUGUACUUCUGUAUCAAUAACCAAUGUAAUCCAAUAACAAUGAAAUUCGAUUACACGAUAAAUCUUAGGCUGAAGUUUACCAGUAUGCACUGAAUUAUAUGUAUGAGGACUUUGACUGUGAUUCAUUGGAACUAUUGUUGCAAUAUAUGUACCAGAACUACGUACAUGUCUUUUGUUAAAAUGUGGUACAUCUACUUAUCGUAUUAAACAAUGCAAAUUUUUAAACAUAAAUUUGAAUGCUUGUUUUAUGUAAACCUUUUUUUUAUGUUUUGUAACGUAGUUUUCAAUGAUUAAAUUGUUGUUAAAUUGCUUAUUUUUACACACUCUCAUAGAAUGCUCAAGCCUCUGUGAUAUGUGAAUUGUUCAGAUAUAUUUGUGUUCAUUUUUUCUUGACAUAUUUUGUCAACAUAAAGUUCAUUAUCGGUGUCAUUUUUGGAGAGUGUGUUUAAUUUUUUUAAAUGGUUAUUUUACUGGUGAAGUAUAUAGCAUAUGAUGAAAUUCAUUUGAAAAGAAAAUAAAACUAUUUAAAGAA